CCCCCCUCUUAACCUCAAUCCCUCCGAUCGAGCCCCCAAAAUGGCCAAGAAAGUCAAGUCCCGUACCAUCUCCGUGCGCCUCAUCUCCAUGGCCAUGACCGGAUAUUUCCGCACGAUGAUCAGACCCCGUACCCACCGUCCACUCAGCAUGCUCAAGUACGACCCCGUGGUGAAGAAGAAGGUGCUGUUUUUGGAGGCGACGAAGGGUGGACGCAAUCGGUGAUUUGUUAGCACUUUUGGCUUGGGGCGCCUUCGGGGGUUUGCAAGUUUGCGUGCGCAACGAAUAGGGGCAUUUGAGGUGCGGUUCGCGACACUCUGGGAUAGGAUGAUGCAUGCGCUGCGCUACACUACGCCUACGCCUAUUUUUGUUGUUGUUUUCGACAAUUCAAUAUCGACAUCGACACCGAUAGCGCGAGGUAUCGCCGACUUGAUUCGAACACAUCCCGGCGCGGCUUAUUUUUCGAUAUGAAACGAUCAUGUACAUUAGACGGUGCAUUGGCUUGGAUACUUGUGAGAUGCUGGCAGGCAGCUUCUGAGGGAGAUCCGGGCUGUGUAUCUAUUUCGGUGUUGUAUUCUGGCGUUUAGAGCAGUACAAUUGGGUUGAAUCAAUC